UGUUGGUUGUGCCUAGGGAAUUGGUACAAACAUACGGGGUGCAACAGAUUCAGUACAGAGGAUAGAGAUAUCGAUGAAAGAAUGAGGAAAAUUGCUCAAUUUUCUAUUAGAAGAUGCUCACAUUAUUACGAAAGGUGGGCAAGCAACCAUAAAUCGCGACAAAAAGCCAUGGAUGACUUGAAAAGAGUUGAGGAGGUUGAUCUGAACAAGCUGAGUGGCAGGGUGAACACCCCUACAACACAGCUAGAAUUCGUCAUGCAAGGAUGGAAGCAAAUCAUCGAGUGUAGGAGAGUACUGAAGUGGACUUACGCGUAUGGGUACUACCUAGAGGAGGACAAAAAGGAGGACCAAGACUUUAAGAUAAAAAAGGAAUUGUUCGAGUUUCUGCAAGGUCAAGCUGAGACUCAGCUUGAGAGGCUUCAUUCUUGCGCUGAGAUAGAACUGUCGCCUUUCCUUAAAGAUGUUAAUGAAGACGACGAUGAUAUAAUUAUGACCAACCCUGAUGAUAUGGAUUUUAGUAAGUACCGCAUUAAGCUGGUUGGUCUGACAAAGGUAACUGGUAAACACUUUGAAGAGUUGGUUAAGGCGUUGGAGAAUGGUUUAUAAGAAGUGGUUCUGGAUCGGAAGAUAGGGCGCAACAACAGCUCGAAGAAGAGAAAGGAUUCGGCUUCUUCUUCACAAGGUACUCAAGAUUUUGAUUAUGAUCCGAAUACGGUGUACGACUCUUGGGAGUGUGAUCAGUGUACCUUCAUUAAUAUAUGCACAGCUACUGCGUGUAGGAUGUGCUAUAGGUUUGAUUGAAGGUUAAUGUCUGUUUAAGUUACUAAGCUAGUACCAUUUACAAGACAUGGGAUUAUGGUUUAUUUGGUUUGAGGUUGUUUUUUUAUUUGCUUGUUUUGAAUUGGAAUUUGUGAACAAAAUGUCACAGGAUUAUGAUUAAUUAAGUUUUAAACUAUUGUAAUUUCAUGUGUUUGUCUUUGUGUUUUUUUUUUUAAUUGAUUUUUACAUCCUUUUGUUAGGAGAUUUUACUCUCCAGCAGCUAAUUAAGCUUAGGAUGCUGCACUCUUCUGCAUUGUGGUUUGUGGGAAUUGUGGCCAUCUAAAUUGUAUCGUUGGAAUACAAAAUUUUACUUAAAUCAAUUUUACAUCAUAGAGGAGGAGGCUGAGGCUGAGGCUAAUCAAGGUCGAAGCCGUGCUAACUCGACCCGUACCGUGUUUUCUUAAAGAUAUCCUAGAAGAGACUUUUCAAAGGUUAUCCUUAAAAAUCAUAAUACAAAGAGUGGAAUUUCAUCUCCUCUAUUCUGAUAGGGGUCGCGAUGUAUACCUUACCCG